AUCGUCAUGACCGCCCGCUUCUCAUUGCCGCUCCCAUCAAGGACCACUCUCACUGUCCGCGACGUAGUUCAACUCCAAACGGAUCCCCGAUCUGAUCCACCAUCUCUCUAUAAUAAUAAUAAUAAAAUAAAUUAAAAAAGGAAUCGCUCGGCCAUGGCUCCUCGACCUCGCCUUACCCUCCCCCGAUGGAGGUGGUCCCCACUCGACAUCAUCUCCUCCUCCUUCUGCUUCUUCCUCCUCCUCUUCCUCCUCCUCCUCUUCACCCGACUCGGCGACCCCCUCGCUGCCUCCGGCCGCAGCACCCUCUCUCUCUCCCGCCACCGACGCCCCUCCAUCGAUCGUUCUAAGUUCAUAUCCCUCGUCGACGGGCGACGGCGACGAUCAGAUCCCGGAGAUGCGAGGCGUGCUCCAGCGACAAGGUCGACGAGCAUGCCGUGCGAGGAUCCGAGGAGGAACAGUCAGCUGAGCAGGGAGAUGAACUUCUACAGGGAGCGGCAUUGGACGAUAGGAGAGGCGGAGCUGUGCCUUGUGCCGCCGCCGGAGGGGUAUCGGAUCCCGAUCUCCUGGCCGGAGAGCCUUCACAAAAUAUGGCAUGGGAACAUGCCUUAUGAUAAGAUCGCCGACAGAAAGGGCCAUCAAGGCUGGAUGAAGAAAGAAGGCCCAUAUUUUAUCUUUCCUGGUGGUGGUACUAUGUUUCCUGAUGGAGCUGAGCAAUAUAUUGAGAAGCUUGGACAACAUAUCCCGAUGGAUAAGGGUAUCGUGAGGACUGCUCUUGAUAUGGGAUGCGGGGUUGCUAGCUUUGGGGGUUUCCUUCUGAAGAAAAAUAUUAUGACUCUUUCCUUUGCUCCAAGAGAUUCUCACAAAUCCCAGAUACAGUUCGCUUUAGAAAGAGGAAUACCUGCUUUUGUUGCCAUGUUGGGCACUCGGAGGCUUCCAUUUCCUGCAUUCUCUUUUGAUAUGGUUCACUGUUCUCGCUGUUUGAUCCCUUUUACUGCAUACAAUGCAUCUUAUAUAAUUGAGGUGGAUCGAUUACUUCGACCAGGAGGAUAUUUGGCAAUAUCUGGUCCACCUGUACAAUGGCAUAAACAGGAAAAGGAAUGGGCUGCACUCCAGGCUGCAGCACGAGCAUUGUGUUAUGAAGUCAUUAUUGUGGAAGGUAACACUGUUAUCUGGAAGAAACCUUCAGAGGCAACAUGCCUUCCGAAUGAAAAUGAGUUUGGGAUUGAUCUGUGCACAAACUCUGAUGACCCAAGUGAAGCAUGGUAUUUCAAGUUGAAAACCUGUGUAAGUAAAAUCCCUCUCAUGCAAGAAGUGGCUGUUGAAUUCAAUGCCAAAUGGCCACAGAGGCUAUCAGAACCCCCUGCAAGGGUGUCACACAUGGAAGACGGGACUACUGUAUUUGAUGCUGAUACAAAGCAUUGGGCUGAACAAGUUUCCUACUACAAGAAAUCUCUUGGCGUUAAGCUUGGCACACCAAAAAUACGCAACAUCAUGGACAUGAAUGCUCGUUUUGGAGGAUUUGCUGCAGCAUUGCAGUCUGACCCAGUUUGGGUCAUGAAUAUUGUUCCUGCAAACAGACCAAGAACAUUGGAUGUGAUUUAUGACAGAGGCCUUAUUGGAAUGUAUCAUGAUUGGUGUGAGCCGUUCUCAACAUAUCCCAGAACAUACGAUUUCAUCCAUGUAGUAGGGAUUGGCUCUUUGGUCAGCGAUUCACUCGCUGGUGAAAGCAGAUGUCACCUUGUCGAUGUGAUGGUCGAGAUGGAUCGUGUUCUACGCCCAGAAGGAACGGCAGUGAUACGAGACUCUCCAGAAAUUAUUGACAAGGCCGAACGCGUUGCUACUGCAAUAAGGUGGAAGGUGGAAGUACACGAGACGAAGCCAAAAUCAGAUGAAGAGAAAAUUCUAGUGGCAACCAAGGAGUUUUGGAAGAAGUCGUAAUUUACAGACAAACACCUUUUGCAUAUAACUAAUACGAUUUUGUUGGAGAAUGUAAAUUAGAAGGGUAUAUCCCCGAAAUGGUUAGUGUUGUUUGCAAGAAGGAUGUUCUAGUUUGUAGUUUUCCACGGCCCAUUAGUCACACUUUUUUUUUCUUUAGUUUUGUUGAUUUUAUGCCUAUUUUGUUCAUUCAUCACAAGGAGUCGGAUGUAUUUUUUUCAAGGGUAAAUGUAUUUGUUUUGGCGUAUCAAA